UUGAGGCUGUAAGGUACAUAUUUGAAAAAGUUCUUGUCAUUUAUUCUAUUGACAACUGCACACACAAUAGACAUUGCUAGUUCAAGCAUCGCUUUAGUAGGUAUGUAUUCGUAUGAGAACACAUUUUUUCUCUCGGCCAUCUUGUAUCUCAAAUUUGAAAUUUUCACUUUAGUCGAGGACGAGAUGUGGAACAGUUACGUUGUUGUGAAAAAGCUAAGCGAGUAUUUUUAAGGAUAUUUUUUUCUAAUCAAAUUUAAAACUUUUGUACAACUCUUUUUUAUUUACACAUAUUCAAAAUCGCAUUAUAAAUACUACCUAAAAUACUUAACAUAGGCAAUAUUAAUUAUAAGAUCUGUUAAUAAUAAAAGUCGAAUUCAGCAAUUUGUAUAAAAAUGUUAUGUUUGAGAUAAAAGUGAUGUGACGCCCUUAAUCGAUGAAUAUAAAAUACUGGGUUAAGUGAGAAUCUAAUGGUAUAAACUUGUCCUGGUUUGUUCAGAACUGACUGAAAUUAAAUUGAAAAACUAAAAUUUAUACGCCAAUUGAAUUGAAUAGCAUCGAUAUAAAAGUGCGAUGACUGUUAAACGUAUCAGCCACCAUGAAUAUAAAACAAAAUGUAUCGGUGUGGUGUAAAAUAAUAAUGGAAUAAAAUACUGUGUACACAAUUUUUAGACGGGCGAGCGAGCGAGCAAGCGAGCGAACAAAUUAGUGAAUGAGCGACCAGUCAACCAACCGACCCACCGAAGAACCAAAUAUUCACACGCACGUGUAUUUUACUUAAUACUUAUGUAUGCUUAUACGACUAUCAUACAUUUAGAAGGGAAGCGAACCCAAAGCAAAGCAUACUUUAGGGAGCGGUGUUUUCUGUCAGCUAAUGCUUAGCUUUUGUAAACAUGGAUGUAUGUGUUUGUGUUAAAAGAAGAGAUAUGCGCUGCAGACACCUGAGUUGUACGGAAGGCCAGCAGGAGUAGCCGCUUCAGAACCGUGGGGUGUAGCAUAAUAUUCAAUCGCUGUAAUGUAAAAAAAAUUGUAUACAAAACGAUGAUGGUUGUGACUCGACGCGGCUGCUAAAGUGUGGGUAAAGAAUUUGAACAACCAAAAAUAUCCACUACCGAUAUAAGAAGCUUAUAACAGAAUAUGGAUCUGUAUUGAAAUAAAUCUCAAAGACAACAUUUCCAUUCAAUGCGAACACAAAUUUAGUGAAAUACUGAAAUUCAAGAAGAGCCGUAUCAUGAUGUGGAGCCAUAUCAAAUAAUGUUUUCUAAAAUAUUUAUUCCGAGUUGGGUCAACCAGGCUAAAACAUUAAAGGGCAUCACACAAUGACGUCAUACAUAAGUUUGGCACUUGCUGCCCAUGGCCCACCAAGCAUACUGGAGCCAUUAGCACCCUCGUUUAGGACGACUACUACGACCACCACUACAACCACGACAACGUCAACGCCGCCGACAUCUUCAGGAAGCCAUAACUUCCCACACGUCACAAUCAUGUCGGACAUACUUGACAAUGUAACAGCUGUUGUUCUGUUUGGAAAUGAGUCCAUCACAGGAAUGCAUACAAAUGUUACAAAUAUUUUGGAGCCGCGUGGACCACGUUAUUCACUGUCGUCAAUGAUAAUAAUGGGUGUCAUAGCUGGCAUACUCAGUUUGCUAACUGUUGUGGGUAACGUUAUGGUGAUGAUAUCCUUUAAAAUCGACAAGCAACUACAAACUAUAAGCAAUUACUUUCUAUUCUCUUUGGCAAUUGCCGACUUUGCUAUUGGUCUGAUAUCGAUGCCUUUGUUUGCUGUCUCUACCAUAGUCGGAUAUUGGCCCCUUGGGCCGCACAUCUGCGACACAUGGCUCGCCUUGGACUAUUUAGCCUCAAAUGCUUCAGUUCUUAAUCUUCUGAUAAUAAGCUUUGAUCGAUAUUUCAGCGUCACAAGACCCCUUACCUAUCGGGCCAAAAGAACGACGAACAGAGCCGCAUGUAUGAUAGCAGCCGCAUGGGGGAUAAGUUUAAUACUCUGGCCUCCUUGGAUUUACAGCUGGCCAUACAUUGAGGGAAAACGCACGGUUCCACAAGAUGAAUGCUACAUUCAGUUCAUUGAAACCAAUCAGUAUAUUACAUUCCUAACCGCACUCGCUGCGUUUUAUUUCCCCGUUACAAUAAUGUGUUUCCUAUACUAUCGCAUAUGGAAGGAAACAAAGAAACGUCAAAAGGAUUUGCCUAAUUUGCAGGCUGGGAAAAAGGAUUCUUCUAAACGCUCGAAUUCUAGUGAUGAGAAUACAGUCAUUAACCACACUGGUGCCAUGCUGUCUAUAACACAUCUAGGAGGUAUAGGUGGCGAACACGAAACAUGGAGAAGGCCACGUUCCGAGUCGUCUGCAGAUGCUGAAAGCGUUUACAUGCCUAACAUGAUCAUAGAUUCCAGUUAUCAAGGGAUUCAUUCCAGAAAAUCAAGUAUAAAGAGUAUUCAAAAAACUAAAGGUACAUAUCCAUGUCUGGGGAGCAUAAAGGAAUGGUGCAUUGCGUGGUGGCAUUCAGGUCGAGAAGACUCUGAUGAAUAUCCCUACGAACCCGAGGAUCCAUCCGAUAUGGGUUGUGCCCCUAAUAUGAUGCGGGAUACAUAUUCACUUGGCGGAAGUGUAAGUGGCGUGCGUCCACCGAGUAUUUUACUACCAGAUGUCUCACCAAUACCACUUAGGCCUCCGAUGACUCCCUUGUCACAAAUGCAGGACAUGAACUCUGUGGGAGGAAAUCGAGAAUCACGAUCCCUGUCGAACAACAACAAAAUGACGACACGUUCGGUUAGCCAAGAGUCAGUGUACACAAUAUUGAUACGCUUACCGCCAGAUGGGGCUAGCGCUGGAAAUGGAAUUGAUAUGGCACCGUCUAUAAAAAUGAUUCACGAGGAUUCACCAAUAGCCCCCACAAGUCUACUUCCACGGAGAACAUUGCCAUCGAGGGAUUCAGAAUAUAGUCUGCCAUUGGGUCGUAGAAUGUCUCACAUAGCACCAGAUGUUCGCAUCCCGUUAAAUGCAAAAAUUAUACCCAAGCCAUUGGGUAAAACUACACAUGCCAUAGCUCGACAUGCUGGCAAGAAAAAGAAGAAAUCCCAAGAAAAACGACAAGAAUCAAAAGCAGCAAAGACACUAUCAGCAAUUCUUUUAAGCUUCAUUAUCACCUGGACACCGUACAACAUUCUAGUCUUAAUUAAACCACUAACUACCUGUUCCGACUGCAUACCCAACGAGUUGUGGGAAUUUUUCUAUGCCCUGUGCUACAUCAACUCGACUAUUAAUCCCGUUUGUUAUGCCCUUUGCAACGCAUCUUUUCGAAGGACAUAUAUACGGAUUCUUACGUGUAAAUGGCAUACCCGCAACCGCGAAGGAAUGGUUCGUGGAGUUUACAACUGAUUACCGCGUAUAAAUGUAUUUAUAUUAAAAAUAUUUCGAAUAUAAAUGUACAUACCCACACACCAUACACCUUAGUAUAAAGACAUUUUAUUACAAUUGAAUUUGGUGCGUUUGACACUUAUUCUCCAUGGAUUACGUUUAGGGAGCAUUUAUUCUAAAUUUAGAGUUGAACUCGAAUGGAAGCAUGCUCCUAGCCGAAAAUUUAACACAACCAUCCAUCCGUUCACCCCUCCUCUACACCACCAUAGCAUUCAUAUAAUAUGACUGAUUACACAUCCCAACUGCUCAAGAACACAGCGAGGUGAAUUUGAGAACUAUUCUGUAACUCCAGUACCGUGGAGAAAAAAAUAUUAACUAUAAAGUAACACGAAGACAUUAAUAAAAUAAAUUUAAAAAAAUUAAAA